AUGAAGCUGGUAAUAUUAAUAGCCUGUGUAGCCUUGGCACAUGUCAACGCCCAAUGCAUCCCCAAGCCUAUAACAUGCAAGCCAUUACCUUUACCCACGGUUGCCCCUAUACUCCAAACUGCCUGUGAAAUCCCAGCCUUCGCGCUACCAUCAUGUAACUGCCCUGCUAUUCCCAGUCUACCAGUGUCACAAUCCAUCCUCCCAGCGAUUAACGCGCCACCUUUUGGGGCAUCGUUCUUACCCGGUAUCGCGCCUUUAGGAUUGAUUAACCCUUUCCUGCCGCCGGCGUCGCCUAUAUCAGCGUUGGCGCCUACUGUGUCGUCGCUAUACCCACCUAUUAACCCGUGCUGUUGCGGGUGCAAGUAUUUGAAGAAGAUACCUAUACCACCGCCGUGUAUGUAGGUUUUUUAAUAAAAUAAGUUUGAAAAUA